GUUAGAAAAGAGAUAACAGGCCCUGGGAACGAGGUUGAUCCCGAUCAGCAGGACGAGUAUUAUUUCGCGCCUAGGCUAGUUUACUCAAUAGAACUGUACCCUUGGCUAGUGUUUUGUUUUACGCAAAAUGGUGUUUGACGUGUCCACAAAAGAGUAGAGGUGGCAAAAGUCGAAAAUCAGAUCAAAUUCGUCUGGCUAAACUUGUCUAUAACCUGAAAUAUUACUAACCCUCGUGAAGUAGAAAUAACCUUAACAUUUUUUUAGAAGAAAAUUCGUUAUGACAGAAAAAGUUUCGAUAUCUGUAGAAGAGGGAAUGGGUGCUAAAAAGCCAACAACAAACAGUAAUUUAAAAUAUGCAAGUUUGGCCAUUCUGGUGUUGCAAAAUGCUGGAUUAAUUUUGACCAUACGAUAUUCUCGUACAUUGACAGGUGACAUGUAUAUAUCAAGUACAGCUGUUGUCUUUGCAGAGUUAUUUAAAUUGGUAGCCUGCUUGUUUCUGACAUUUUUGGAGAUAAAAGAUGUUCCAAGCUGGUUUAGAUAUCUUCAUCAAAAUAUUUUUGCUGAUCCUAUGGCAACCAUUAAAGUUGCAGUUCCUUCAUUUAUUUAUGUUAUUCAAAAUAAUCUUCAGUUUGUAGCAAUAUCCAAUCUUGAUGCAGCAACCUUCCAAGUAACGUACCAGUUAAAGGUUCUGACCACUGCAAUUUUUUCUGUGUUUAUGUUGAACAAAACAUUGAGCAAAAUGCAAUGGUUUUCCUUGUUUCUGCUUUUCUCGGGCAUUGCACUUGUGCAGUUACAACCAAGCCAGUUAAAAGCCAAAAAUCCUGAUGACACACAAAAUCCAAUGAUUGGGUUUCUAGCAGUACUUGUAUCUAGUGUUUGUUCUGGUUUUGCUGGCGUUUAUUUUGAGAAGAUCUUAAAAGGUACUGGAAGUGGUCAAGGAGUGAGCAUUUGGUUACGUAACAUCCAACUUGGUAUGUUUGGAACACUUUUGGGAAUAAUAGGAAUGAUGUUUAAUGAUGGUGCUAAAAUCAGAGAAAAGGGGGUGUUAUAUGGUUACAGCAACUUAGUUUGGUUUGUAAUAUUUAUGCAAGCUUUUGGUGGAUUACUAGUAGCAGUUGUUGUGAAAUAUGCUGAUAACAUUUUAAAAGGAUUUGCAACAUCUAUUGCUAUUAUCGUAUCUUGUAUUGUGUCGAUUUAUGUGUUUAACUUUGUUCUUAGUUUGCAGUUCUGUCUAGGAACAUUGCUUGUAAUGACAGCAAUCUUUUUUUACGGUAGGCCACAAAAGUAGAUCGCAAAGUAAAUCAAAUAAUUUUUGCAACAAAGAAAAGUAAUAUAAAAAUUUUUGCCAAAUAACCGCAAUCUUGGGAACUCUGAGUAAAAUAGGUAGUAAUUUAAGAAAAGGGGGUUAUUUUAAUUUAGGUUCUAAGAUACAGUGUCAAGUGCAAUGGUAAGAAUCGGUUAACCAGUUCCUGCACCUCUUUUGGAAAUAAUUUUUUUUCUUAAAUUAGCCUUACUUUGUUUUUCAAAUUUUGCUUGAGGCUCAGGCAUUUUUUAAUUAUUUUAGAAUACUUUUUAUUACAAAUUUUGCAAUGCAAAAUCUAAGCAAAAGUUAUGUAAAAACUCCUGCUUUUUAAAAGAGAUUUUCCAAUUUUUUGUUGUUGUUGUUUUCAACCUAGCUAUUGCCUCACUGUCCUUAUAUACAAAGAUGUAACAGCAGUCCUAAACAUAGAAUCAACAUAAGCGAAAGAAACGCUUGUGGUUAACAUUUCACGAUUGAUUCAAGCAUUUAUCCGAGCCUGUUGCUUUUUAGGCAUUUUGAUAGGCGUUUCAUAUCAGUUUUCUAAAGGGUCAAAUCAUUUUUUGUGUGCCGUAUUCGUUACUCAAGAAUUUCCCUACAAUUUAUAUAUUUUUAAAAAUUGAAGUGUUACAAACUUCAGACAAAACCUAGUUCAGUGACAUUUUUUAACUCAAUAGAUUUUUAAAAUCAGUUUUUGGUUCAGUUUCUGUGAUCAGAUGAGUUGUUAUUUAUUUAUUUAUAUUUAGUUGUUAGUGUUGUUUUGUGUUUUUUAUAUUUUUAAACAUGUGCUCAUUAUUUGUGCUGGGUUGCACAUCGAAAUUAAUAUAAUGUCAGAGUGCAUAAAUAAUUUUUUUGCAGUGUUAGCCAUAAAUAAAUCGUCCGAUAGGAAAUAGCAUUUUGUUUUCUCGAAAGUCGUGCAUACUACCCUGUAUUGAGUGAAACAGAACCCUCCCGUAUAUAAAUAAAUAAAUGGAUGCUUGGAAAACUCUAAUUCAGGAAUGCAGUGUUCUUUCUAAGCCUAGGGUAAGGUAGGGUUAAUUGUACUGUAAUGGUCCAUUUAAUAGAGUUAUACUUUCGCAGUUCAAUUUUUUAAAUUUUUUUAAUCAAUCGCCAUCUUUUUCACAAAUCUCAUCAUAUAUAUUUUUACAUACUUUUAACAUAUUCAGUCGUAGAAUAUAUACAGUUACUGUAUUUAUCUUUGUUUAAAAAAUAAACUUACAGUGUGAACGAUCUUUCCUCCAAGGAACGAUGAUGAAGUAUUAACGUUGUAUUUAUGUAUUGUGAGUGAAAGCGAUUAUUCAGUAAAGAAA